AUGGAUUGUUGGUCCUCUCCUCUCCCUCUCCAUGAUGAAUUCGAGAAGCUUGUCAUUCGAAUGAACCCUCCCAGAGUUGCUGUGGAUAACAUUUCAAGCAGGACGGAUACUGUGAUAAAGGUUGAUAGUGCAAACAGGCGGGGGAGCUUGCUGGAAGUGGUUCAGGUUCUCACUGACAUGAAUCUCAGUGUUAGAAGAGCUUACAUUUCCUCUGAUGGAGAAUGGUUCAUGGAUGUUUUUCAUGUCACGGAUCAAAAUGGGAAAAAGUUUGUGCAAGAUGAUGUAGCUGACCGUAUUCAACAGUCACUGGGUCCAAGAGCCUCUAGUUUCCGAUCCUUGAGAAGAUCUGUUGGGGUUCAAGCUGAAGCAGAACAUACAACCAUUGAAUUAACCGGAAGAGACAGGCCAGGGCUGCUUUCAGAAGUUUUUGCUGUUCUUACAGACCUCAAAUGUAAUGUGGUAGCAGCAGAAGUCUGGACACACAAUUCAAGAAUGGCAUCUGUUGUUUACAUCACAGAUGAGGCGACAGGAUUACCCAUCGACAAUCCGGAUCGCCUUGUUAAGAUUAAACAGCUUCUACUGUAUGUGCUGAAAGGAGACAUAGAUAAGAAGAGUGCCAACACUGCUGUUUCUGUUGGCUCUACUCACAAGGAUAGGAGGCUGCAUCAGUUGAUGUAUGCCGAUCGUGAUUAUGACAUAGAUGAUGGGGAUUCUGGUUCAACAAGUGACAGGAACAAGGCCCUCGUAACUGUUGAUGAUUGCAUAGAUAAGGGAUAUACUGUUGUGAACUUGAGGUGUCCAGAUAGACCAAAGUUACUGUUUGAUACCGUUUGCACACUCACAGACAUGCAGUAUGUUGUGUUCCAUGGAACUGUCAUUGCUGAAGGACCAGAGGCAUAUCAGGAAUAUUAUAUAAGGCAUGUGGAUGGAUGUCCUAUCAGUUCUGAAGCAGAAAGGCAAAGAGUGAUUCAUUGUUUGGAGGCUGCUAUUAGGAGACGAACAUCUGAGGGCAUAAAGCUAGAACUAUGUGGGGAGGACAGGGUUGGUCUUCUCUCUGAUGUAACUCGCAUCUUUAGAGAAAAUGGUCUUUCAGUCAACCGUGCUGAAGUUACAACCAGGGGCACUCAAGCCAUGAAUGUUUUCUAUGUGACUGAUGUGACUGGAAAUCCAGUUAAGAGUGACACAAUUGAAGCAGUUCGGAAAGAGAUUGGCUUGGCCAUACUGCAUGUCAAAGAUGAUGUCUGCUUAAAACCUCCACCUCAAGAGAGUGGAAAAUUCUCUUUGUCUGGUCUCUUUCGGUCAAGCUCUGAGAAGUUUCUUUACAACUUAGGUCUAAUGAAGUCUUAUAGUUGA